GAUUGGCUCGUCCCCUCCGCCUCCGCCCGUGAUUGGCUCUCAGAGCCGUCCAUCCGGGGGUUGCCGAGCAACGCCGGCGCGGCAGCGAUGGCGGCGGCGGAGAAGGAGAUGAUGGAGGGGAAGGGCGAGGCGGGCGAGACGGACGAGGCGGCGGCUGCGGCGCUGUCGGAGCUCACGUCGCUGCUCUCUCCCUCCUCGCCGGCGGCCGCGGAGGCGGCGGAGGCGGCGCUGUCGCUGUCGGGCAGCGCGGCGGGGCGGCGGCUGCUGGCGGGGAGCCCCCCGGCGCUGCGGGCGCUGCGGGCGCUGGCGGCGGGCCCGUCCCGCGGGGCGGCCGCGGCGGGGGCCGCGCUGCUCAACGCGUCGGCGGAGCCCGCGGCCCACGAGGUGCUGCUGGAGGAGGCGCUGCUGGAGGAGGCGCUGGGAGCGCUGCUGCCCGCGGGCUGGGCCUGCGGCGUGCUGGCCAACCUGAGCCGGGAGCCCCGCAACGUCCCGCGGGUGCUGCGGGCGCUGCCGCCCGCGCUGGGGCCGCCGCUGCUCGGGGACCCCGCCGAGCUCCCCCCGCACCUCGGGCCGCUCCUCUGCAACCUCAGCCGCCACCCCCAGGGCCGCGCAGCCAUCCUCGACCCCCACCGGAGGGUGGUGCAGCGGCUCCUGCCCCUCACCCAAUCCCGGCAUUCCCUGGAGCUCCGCAGGGGGGUCGUGGGGGCUCUCAGGAACUGCUGCUUCGAGCACGGUGAGACCCCGGGA